AUGCGUCAGCUGCGGCGUCAGGUGCGUACGUCAAGGGCGAAUACAGAUGCACAAUUGCGUGCAGCAGAACGUGCAUGUGUUCUUUCAGAUGCGGCCGUUGCACGUGUUGACAUUGCGCAGUUGCCAGCCAAUCGACCUAUCGAAGACUUUUAUGCAUCUGCUAAAUGUCUUUCGUCCAAUGCCUUUUUGUUCGGUGUCUUCGAUGGUCAUGGUGGUGCUUUAUGUAGUCAGAAUGUUUCAAUACGUCUCUUCGAUUACAUUUGUGCAUCCGUACUUCCGAAGCAUAUUGUCACUAAUGUUUCAUUGAAUGGUCGACUUCAAUGGCUCUGUUCAAGUGCUGAUCAUCAUCUCGCUCCUGAUUUUCGAGAAGAGCAUGAGAAAAAUGUUCGAAGAUUUUAUCGUAAAGUGAAAAGCGACGUAGAUAUCACGACAGUUCGAAAGGCGCUACAAGCUGCAUUCUGUGCAUUGGACGAAGAUAUUUCUAGUGCAGCGCUUCCAAACAGUCAAGGGCAUGUUUCGAGAGAGUUAGCACAUGUUGCGGCAUCGGGCUCUUGCGGUGUGGUCGCACAUCUUCGAGAAGGUCAUAUCCACGUCGCGAAUGUUGGCGAUAGCGCAGCUGUACUUGGCGUUUGCAAUCAUGGCAAUGUUUCAGCACGACUUUUAUCGAGACCGCAUUGUAUUGACAACACUGAUGAGGUAAAACGACUACGCAGCGCACAUCCGAUAGUUGAAUCGACUACAAUCCUUCGUGGUGGACGACUGCUUGGUGAACUUUAUCCGCUGAGAGCGUUUGGUGAUGUGCGUUAUAAAUGGCCGGUCGAACUACAGAAGACUGUUCUUGAACCGUUCGGUGAUACUCCACCCACUGGACUUUACACACCUCCUUACUUAACUGCCUUGCCUGAGGUGCUUUAUCAUCGACUCACUCCAAACGAUCGUUUCCUCGUGUUGGCAUCUGAUGGCUUGUGGGAAUGGCUUGAACCAGAUAUUGUUGUGCGUCUUAUAUCUGAUCAUGCUAUUGGUGCACAAACGCUAACUGCAUAUCAACCAAAAGCUGGUAUCAAACUCGCACAGGUGCGUGCUGAACUUAGACAGCGAUUUGCGGGUGAAAGUAAGAAACCAAUAGAUGAGAAUAGCGCAACGCAUGUGUUGAGGCAUGCAUUAGGUGGUUGUUCGGGUGGUACCGAACUGCAGUAUCGACGUCUAACGGAUAUGUUGCAGUUACCGGCUGGUAUGGCUAGGAAUUAUCGUGACGAUAUCACCGUGAUUGUAAUACAUUUCAAUCAAAGCUAUAUUGAAUCACUUGUUUCGACUCAGCGUUAA